UAAUGUAUGCUUCUACAUGGUUCGCAUGGUGCUAACAUAUAAAUAUAUCAGUUAUAUUUUUGUUGCCGCCUAUAACAAGGAGUGCAUCGAUGUUUACUUAGGGUUGAGAAAAUCAGACAAUAAUAUUUGUUAAAAACGAUAACGCACUACUAAAUGCCCUAAGAUACCAAGAUUGAGUAAACAUUAAGACGUUUGAUUCUGGUACUGUUGCACCACGAACAUAGUGAUAAUUGAUGCCCGAUUCGUCGCGACCAUGAAUAAAGAGAUUUUAAUAUUAAUUUUUUGUGUUAUUUGUGCUAAUUAUGGAAUUUCUGGUAUUAACAUAAAGGACAGGAAGCAGUGUUGUGAUCUGGGUACAAAUUUUGCUAGUUCUGGAAAUGACUGUGGAAACUUCAAACCGGAGUGGGCAGGUCCUCGAUUAAGGAGCGAAAAGGCUUGUUUGGGUACUGUAGAUAUGUGUUGUAAGAAACAAAUAAGAGAAAAAGACUGUCAAAUGGGAACAAUUGAUGCAGUUAAUGGAGUUUCUUGUUCAGCCACUGAUGGUGUCAGAAAGGAUUGUUGUGAAGCUUGCCAAGCCGGUAUCGACGCUUCAAGAGCUAAAGACCCUUGUUCUGGCUUAGGCCUUGGCGCACCUUACGAUGAUGCCUUUAAUCAAUGUUGUGAAGAUUACUCAAAAGUUACAUCUAGUACUGCCAGUACUUUGUCUACAAGUACCACCACCACAGCGAAACCCUUUUUAGACAAUUUUGAUAGUGAUUCUGGAUCCAUUGAAAAUAUAUGUGACUCCGAUGUGUGUGCUCAGAUAUGUAAACCAGUUGGAGAUUCUUACAAAUGUGACUGCUUUAAAGGCUUUAUUUUAAUGGAAGAUGGUGUAUCAUGUAAACCUGAGAAGCGCGUUCUUAAAAAAGGAGGAAGAUGUGAACUAUUCAAUCCCUGUGACCACGAUUGUAUAGAUACAGGCACGGCAAUUAAAUGCUCAUGUAGGGAAGGAUAUCAGUUAUCGGAAGAUAAUAGGACUUGCAAAGAUAUUGAUGAAUGUGCACUAGAUAUCCAUGAUUGUAGUUCAAUUGAUGACUGCAUAAAUGAAAUAGGAACAUACUCUUGCUACGACCCAAUCUUGGAUAACGAAACUAUAGAAUAUGAAAAUAAAUGUCCAAAUGGAUAUCAAUAUAAUUUUGAAAAACAGCUUUGUGAUGAUAUAGACGAAUGUCAAAUUAAAUUAAUAUGUCUACCUCCAAAAGUCUGUAAGAACACCAUAGGAUCCUAUACAUGUGAAGCGGAAGAAGACACACCACUUUGUCCACCAGGUUUUCACUAUAAGGCUGCUACAGAAGCUUGUGCAGAUAUUGACGAAUGUCUAACGGGCGCAAACGACUGUAACAAAGAAUCUCAGUUUUGUCUCAAUACAAAAGGAAAUUACACAUGUGUAGAUAAAGCUUCUAGAAAUACUUGUCCUCCUGGCUUUAAAAUGAAUACUGCGAUUCAACAAUGUCAAGAUAUAAAUGAGUGCGAAGAAGAAGAAAAUUUGUGUGCUCAUAAUGAGAAAUGUGUCAAUGAACCUGGAGGUCACACAUGCGUUCCGCAAGACAAUUCGGGCUCAAUUCCUACUUCUAAAGUUGUUCCAACAACGCGAUCAACAACAACUACCACUACACAGCCUACUACCACAACUCAAAGAGUUACAUGCCCUACAGGAUAUAGUUAUGUUCAAGACACACACCUAUGUGCAGAUAUUAAUGAAUGUCAGGUGGGACUACACAAUUGUGCAGUAGCAGAAAGAUGUGAUAAUACGAUUGGAUCUUUCCACUGUUCGCGUAUAUUUGGAUGUGGAACUGGAUACACCUUGAAUUCUGCCAAUGGUCUUUGCGAAGAUGACGAUGAGUGUAAACUAGGUACCCACAAUUGCAGGGAAUUAGGACCAAAUUUCAGAUGUCGAAAUACUUUUGGAUCUUAUAGAUGUGAACCCACAAGGCCAUUCUACCAGCACCCCUCUCCCUUAGAUAAAAUGAGACCAUUGGCUCCUUAUCAACCCAAUACUCCACCUAACACCAAUCCAACAACGGUACAAAAUCCAAAAACCACUUUAAAUUAUCGGGAAAAUACUGCCGCUGCACAUACUCCUGACAAUAAGAAUCCUAUUUACGAACGACCGUUCAUCUCAUCAAAAUACUAUACAGUACAAACUACGCCUAGUGCAAGUCCUACUGAACAGUCGAAACCCUCACCUUUGGAUUCUCAAGAUCCACGAAUGGUUCCCGUUAGCAUAGCUCCUUUGGAUAGACCCCAAUCCAAUAAUACACAAUAUUCUGGAACUAUAUUGCCUAUUGGUAGGUUUACUACCCAUAGUACUUCUACAGUUACGACUCCUAGAUCUACAUAUCCAUCUACAUAUCCUACUCCAAGAAUAUACACCGCGAAUACCGAAGAUGAUGGUACUUUGCCUUAUUAUUCUCCCAGACUCACUAGUCCUAGAAGUACUCCUAGUACAACCACUACUACUGUCACUUAUGGAUACCCCAACUGGCCUACUCCUGAAAAUCCUUACUAUGCUGUACUAAGUGGACAAUUUAAGAAAUGCUUGCCAGGAUACAGAAUGAAUUAUAGAGGCCAAUGUGAAGAUAUUGACGAAUGUGAAAGUAACCCAUGUGGAAGGUUUGAAAAAUGUAUAAAUUACAAAGGUCGAUAUGAUUGUAUUCCUCCAAUGCAAUGCAAACUUGGUUACGAGCUAAAUGAAUCUGGAGACGAAUGCAUAGAUGUUAAUGAAUGUGCCAGAGGUAUUCACAAAUGUUUAUCAACACAAAUCUGUAAAAACUACGUCGGGUAUUACACCUGUGAAUGUCCGCCAGGUCACCACCUGGACAAAAUUACAAAUCAAUGUGAAGAUCUUGACGAAUGUAAAAUGUUUAGACCUUGUCGAGUUUCAUCUUCUACAUGCAUAAACUUAAAGGGAUCAUUCAGGUGUGACUGCAAAGAGGGCUUCCAACGCAAGUCUCCAAGCGAAUGUGAAGAUGUAAAUGAAUGUGAUCAAAAUCCAGGAUUGUGUGAACAUAACUGUGUAAAUAUUUGGGGAUCCUAUAGAUGUAGCUGCAACCAAGGAUUUACUCUGAAUAGAGAUAACAGGACCUGUACCGAUAUUGAUGAAUGUGAAAGAUUUAAAGAUAGAAGACUAUGUAUAGGAACCUGCAGAAAUGUACCUGGCAGCUACCGAUGCGAUUGUCCCCCAGGAUAUAAACUAGGGAGUGAUGGACGCGUUUGUAUAGAUAUCGAUGAAUGCCAGCAAAACGUUUGUCUUUCAGAGGAAGUGUGCUUAAAUACUCGAGGAGCUUAUAAAUGUUACAGUAUCAAAUGCCCUGCUAACUAUAUUAAAGACACUGAUCACAAAUCAAGGUGUAAGCGCAUCCAAUCCCUUUGCGACCCAAGGGACUACGAGUGUCUCUUAAUGCCGGAGCAGUAUACAUACCAAUACAUAACCCUGGUAUCAAAUCUACCUCUUACUCAUGGACACAUCAACCUCUUCAGGAUUAAGGGUCCAGAAUGGUAUGCAUCCCGAGCAGAGUUUACUCUUAAGCUAUUAGAUGUUACCUGUCCACACAAUAUCGAACAAGUCAGUGAUAUGUAUUUUAAGAAAGUCCAUGACCAGUUUAAUAGUAUGGUUCUAUAUCUAGUGAAACCCAUAGCAGGACCUCAAGAAAUCAAGUUGCAAAUAGAGAUGCGCCUGUUCCAAGGGAAUGUUAUUAUCGGAAAUGUUGUUGUUUACAUUAUUAUAGUAGUAUCUGAAUUUCCAUUUUAAGUAUUGUUAUUUUUUUUUCUCAAUGGUAAGCAAAUAAUAUUAGCUGUCUUAUCCAUUAACAAAAUGGUUCUGCGCUUAUGUUUCCUCAGAUUUAAAAUUUUAAUGUGUUUAGAUUCUCUAACUGUAUCAUCAAUGAUCAUUUUAAAGUUUCAUUCAUUAUCUCAGUAAAAUUUAAAUAUUAUUGUACAGGGUAAAUUUUAUAUUAUAUGUAACGCCUCGAUUAUCUCGGAAAAGGUUUGCACGAUUUCUUUAGCGCUGUGUCUAGGUACACGCUAACGUGUACGCAAAUAAAAAAGUUAGGUACAUGCGAAUUAAACUUCAUCAAGCCAGUGACGUCAUUAUUUAGCGUGCGCAGUGACUGGAUAUUUUGGUACACGCUAUUUUGAUAUGUUUAGUGUUUGUUUGAUAGAAAAAUAUGUGUUAUUAAGAAGGGAAGCAGAACUAUUGAAGCAGAAAAUCAAUGUAUAUUAUAAAAGUAUAUAUUCAGGUUUGCAAAAUAAAUAUGUAUUUAGUUGACAUGACAUGUACAAAAUAUUGUUAAAAUAAUUUUUAUAAGUUACGUAAGUUAAUUGUUAUAAUCAACUAUUAUAAAUGGGAAAUAAGCCACAAUUUAACUAAAAAAAUGAUUUUAUUAACGUUUCGACGGCCAAAUCGGAUGUCGUUGCCAAAAUACAAAAAUUAGUCAGGUUAAAUAAAUUAUUAGAAGAAAUUUUUUACUAAGCAACAACAUUUUUGUUUAAUUGAUUAAUAUUUAGUAUUUUGACAACGACAUCCGAUUUGGACGUCGAAACGUUAAUAAAAUCCUUUUUUUGGUUAAUGGUGGUUUAUUUCCCAUUUAGAAUAGUUGAUUACAAAAAUGCCACAAGGAAACAGCUUCAGAACAAGUUAAUUAUUAUUCUGAAAGCUUUAGGUCUUCCUUUUAUUUUAAUUUUGGACGGUAAUACUAUUUCUCUUAUAAUUAAAAAAAUACAUAUUAAUUUAUAGUCUCUUAUCUUUUUCAUACUGUUUUAAAAUAUUGUUAAACUCAUUAAAAGAACUAAAUAAUUGUCCACACUCCAUAGUUAAUUUAAAAACAAACACCAAACAAAUAAAAAAUAAGAAAACUCUUUACUAAUUAAUAAUGAAAGUGUAAAUACAACGCGAUUAAACAAAUUCUAACACUCUCUGACUCUCCUAUACUCGCGGUAUAUACUUACCACAGCAAUACACGCGGCUCAAGUUAGCUUGUAUGCAAAAAACCAGUAACGGUGCAAGCUAAAUAGUGACGUCACUGACUUGAUGACGUUUCGCGUGUACCUAACUUUUUUAUUUGCGUACACGUUAGCGUGUACCUAGACCCAGGGAUUUUUUAGAUGAGGCUUUUGUGAUGUGGCCGAUAUUAUGAUGAUAUUUACAUUGUUCUUCCGGUUUUCUGGAAAUCUAAUGAACGUUCGUAUUUCAAAUACAGCACCCCGUUUUUUUUUGCAUUUUGAAGUCCUUAAGAAAUGCUAGUUUAGAAAAAAAAGUAGGUAAUUCUUAAGGACUUCAAAGUGCAAAAAUAUACAGGGUGCUUUAUUUGAAAUAAGAAAGUUCAUUAAAUUUCCGGAAAAACGGAAGAGCUAACAACAAUGUAAAUAUACCGCCAUAAUAUUGGCCGCAUCACAAGACCCUGACACUCCAAAAUCUAUAAAAAUCGUGCGAGCCGUUUCCGAGAUAAUUGUUCCAUAGUUAAAACUUACUCUGAAUUGACUCGUCUGACUGACUAUUAUAUUCUCUUCUUAAGUUCUAAGACAUUGAUGUAUAUCUUUUAUGAUUCCUAUUUACAUCCAGUCUAGCCUUUAAAACCAUUGACAUUAAAAACAUAUUUUUUCUUUCACUUACCCCUCACUUUAGUAUUUAAAACUAAAUUGAGGAUUUGCCCAAUGUUAGAACUUUAGACUGAGAAGAGCACUUUGGUUUUAAAGAAGAGUUUACUUUACAAAAAGCUGCGAUUAUUGAGUGACUUCAGUCAAUUUUGCCGAUCGAUCUGUUAAAAUAGUUCUGAAAUAUUAGUUAUGAAUUAGUACACUAAAUAUUCUUACAAAUUUAAGGAAAAAUCUUCUUAAGGUGCGCACAAACAUGCAACAAAACUUCGUAUCGUAACACCAUCGCAUCUUAAGUCUUGACCGCACUGUGUAACACCGUAACAUAGUAACAUCGUGGCGUCCCAUUGGUUGUCGGUAUUUUGGCGUAGCAUCAAAGAAACGUUGAGCGUGAAUGUUGCACCACUUAUUUUCAAGUUUGGACAAGUCUGCGUACAUACUCGCGAUUACCUUUCUCACUUUCAUUUAUUCAGUUCAAAUGGCUGCUAUUAUGGAAUGGACGGAAGAAUAUACCAUUGAUGUUAUCAAUAGUUGCCAAAAUAAAGAAAUUUUGUGAGAUCGCUUGGAAAUAACUUGUUGCAGAAUUUCGAACAACAGUAGAUGCGUGUAAAAAAGAUAAUGCGAUAUUAUCAGCACUUAGCCGACAGAAAGCCAAAAUUAAAGAGUCACAGUGUGGGUUGAUGCAGCAACCUCCAUUUCGUAAACCGUACUACACAACUAAAAGAACCAAUUCAGAUGGAACGCCAGCAUGUUUUGCUUGUAGGUUACGCGACACGCGACGAUGCAUGUAUUCAUCAUCAUCAUCAUGGUGCUACAGCCCUUAGAGGGCCUCGACCUUCUCAAGCGUUCUACGCCAUUCUGUUCUGUCCCUUGCCUGCACUUUCCAGUUGCCGACUCCGAUCUUCUCGGCAUUUUGUGUUACCCCGUCCAUCCACCUCAACUUUGGUCUACCCCGUCUUCUCAUUCCCACGGGUUGAGCUGUUAGAAUCCUUUUUAUCAUGUUCGAUUCAGGGGCUCGGGCUACAUGUCCUGCCCACUGCAGGCGAUUUCGCUUAAUUAUAGUGAUAAUAUCUUUUCCACCAAACGUUUGCUUGUAGAUAUUCUGCAGUUCAAAGUUAUAUCUACGCCUCCAUAUUCCGUUCUCACAAACCGCUCCGAAUAUCUUGCGUAGUACCUUUCUUUCAAAAAUUGAUAGAGCGGAUUCAUCUGUUUUAGUUAGCGUCCAUGCCUCUGAACCAUAUGUGAGAACGGGGACUAUCAAUGUUCUAUACAGCCUUAUACGAGUUUUUUGAGACAGACGUUUGUUAGAUAAGUACUUUGAUAGACCAUGAUAACACCUGUUUGCAAUUAUUAUUCGCCUUUUUAUUUCCUCAGAUGUGUCAUUAUUGGGGUUAACCGAUGUCCCUAGAUAUAUGAACUCUUUGACCGCUUCGAAGUUUUUUCAUUGAUGAUUAGAUCUGCAUCAACAUUUCCAGCUCUUGUUUUGUGUUGGUCGCCAUGAAUUUUGUUUUAUUUUGAUUUAUAUGUAACCCCAUUAGUUCUGCUGCUGCUACUAGAUCGGUUAGGAUUUCCGCAGUUCUCGCCCUGGUUCUUGUUAUAAUGUCCACGUCAUCUGCAUAUGCAAGAAUUUGGACUGAUCUAUUAAAUAUUGUUCCUCUGCUAUCUAAAUUAGCGUCUCGUACAACUUUUUCUAAGGCUACAUUAAAAAGCUGACACGCCAGCGCAUCUCCCUGCCUUAACCCCUUAUGUAUUUCGAAUGGGGUUGACGAGUCGUUUUGAAUUUUUACUGCUGAUAGCAUCUUCGCCAUUGUCCCUUUUAUCAUAGAUAUGAGUUUUUUUGGAAUUCCCAACUCAUUCAUAGCAUUGUAAAGACUUGGUCUUAAGACACUGUCAUAUGCCGCCUUAAAAUCGACAAAAAUAUGGUACAUAUCUAUGUUAAACUCUUGCGCUUUUUCGAGGAUCUGUCGUAGUGUAAAGAUCUGGUUAAUGGUUGAACGUCCGCGCCUGAAUCCUGCGUGAUAUUCUCCUAGAAACGUUUCGGUAUAGGGCUUCAAUCUCUCGUGUAAAAUGUUUGACAAUAUCUUGUAUGCUGUAUUUAGGAGAGUUAUUCCGCGGUAAUUAUUGCAUUCCAGUUGGUUUCCCUUUUUGUGUAACGGGCAUAUUAAACCUAAACUCCAUUCUUCAGGCAUUUGCUCCUCAGACCAAAUUUUACAAACAAUUUCUCGCAUCACCUUGGUGAUCUGCUCUCCACCGUGCUUAAAUAACUCUGCUGGGAUGCCAUCGCUGCCUGGAGAUUUGUGGUUCCUUAGUUUUUCAAUAGAUAUUUUCACUUCUUCUACCGAGGGGGGUUCCACGAGCUCCUCAUUUCGGUAUUCCAGCUCUAUGUUGCUAGUAGGUUCCCCUUCCAGCAACUCUUGAAAGUGCCCUACCCAUCGUAACAGGAUAUCAUCUUUGUUGGUAAGUAAGUUACCUUCCUUAUCAUUGCAAUAAUUGGUUCUCGGUUUGAAUCCUUUUCUAAUAGUAUUUAUUUGAUGGUAGAACGUUCUUGUUUCUCCGUGACUCAUAUGGCUUUCAAGCCGUUCUGCCGAUGCAUGUACUGCCACGCUAUAUUUUCUGACACGACGUAUCUACAAUGCGUAACAAAAAAUUGUUGCGCGACGGUGUUACGAUACGAUGUUUUGUUGCAUAUCUGUACCCACCUUUAUAAAAUAUUGGAAUAUCAUCCAAACUGUACCUACUAAAAUGACAAUAAAGAUGCACUAGAAUUGAACAAACCAAGACAAGUUAAAUGUUACGAGGAGCACUCUCAAAUCAUAAUUUAUAUUACUGUGAAAAACCGAAAUUGGUGUAUGUCGACAUUCACCAAUGAAUGUUGACACACACUAAAUGCCUUGGUGAAAGACCGAAUAUUUAUAAAUUUUGCUAUAGUUUCGGACAAUCACCGGUGUAUGUCGACAAUCGCAAAAGAGUUUCGGCGAAUGUCGGAAAUAGGCGGUUAUAAUAGUUUUUGAUGGCUUAGGAUGAUGUGGUUAGUGGUUAUUCAAUUCGCCAAAAACACAAUUUAUCACGAAGGAAUACGCCAGAGUCCAUAUGAAGCUAUAUGUGGCGUUAAACCAAAAAGGGGCCUAGCGUCGUUACCUCUCUUUUACAGUGAAAUUGAAAAUAUUGAAACUGGGGAACGCCUAGGCCAUUUGAAUACUUUUCAAGAAAAUUUGAUUGGAACGGAUCCGCAAACUAGUUUGCCUAUAUCUCAAGCACCGACUGAUUCGCAGUGUAGCACUUCUACAUCUCAAGAAAUAGCCGUUGAUUGGAACGGAUCCGCAAACUAGUUUGCCUAUAUCUCAAGCACCGACUGAUUCGCAGUGUAGCACUUCUACAUCUCAAGAAAUAGCCGUUCCGCAGCCCAGCACGUCUUCAUCCCAAGUACUGCCUGAACAGCACGAACAAAUUUCUUCAAAGCGAGCAGCUGCAAGAGAGAAUAUUUUACUUCAAGGAAUAAAAAUGUUGCGAUCCUCAGAAAAAAGUUUUCUUCCGGCCCAAGUAGGUGAUACUGUCAUAAUUUAAGUGUCUUAUGGUACCCUCAAGCAGCCUUUCACACGUAAUCAGUUCGCAAUUUGUAAAGAAAAAUUGCAACACUGUACUAGUUGCAAGAACAGUAGAAGAAUUACAACGAUUACUUACAAACAUAAAUAUUGCUUGCAACAAUUAUGGCAUAAACAUCAAUAUAAAAAAAAAACAAGUAUAAUAUGGUCUUCAGUAAAAACAUGACACAACCAGCACAUAUUAGUAUAAACGGCAUUCAAAUUGAAAAAGUAUCAAGUUACAAAUACUUGGGAACUUUAAUAAACGAAACUGGAGACCAAAACAAUGAAAUAAAAAGACGUAUCGAAAUUGCCAGGGCCCCCUUCAUAAAGAUGAGAAAAUUCUUCUGCAGCAUCGAUAUAAGCAUCCCUCUACGGUUAAGAAUGCUAAAAGGGGUGACACACACGCGAGUAAGUACACGAACUUAUGGCUCGACGACCUUUUUCGCGCGUGUGUCACCGCAAGUACGCGUACUUUAAGUCCGCCGAGUAAGUACGCCGUCGAUCCAACAAGUUUGAAAUCUUACUCGUAUCCUGUACGUGUAUUACUGCGUCGAACCACGAGCCCUUAUUUUAUUUCGUUAAAGUUACACCUAUAAAAUCACUAAUUAAGCAAAUUGCCUAUAAAUAAUUGAAUCGUUUAUUGUUGAAAGGAGACAAGUUACAUUUUAUAAGUUUUUAGAAAACCGUGAAAAACUAUUGUAAGCUAUUAUAAUAAAUUAUUUGUUUUUGAGUAAACCUACUUAUUUAUAGGCCUACCUUGUAUUAAAUUAUAAUAGAUCAAAAACAAGUGAUAUAUUUCACAUCAUAAUUUUGACAGCUUACCUCACUUACAAAAAAUGAACGAAUAAAUGAACGACGGUGGUCUAUUAGGACAUUUUUUUUUGCAAAAGUAAAACGAUAUUUUUUGUAAAAUAUAAUGUAAAAUGUAAGUGUUCAUUUUAAUGAAACGUAGGUAGGUACUGAAAAUACCGACAAUAUACUUAAGUCUGCCGUGUGUCACCGACGUCGAGCCGAGUAAGUCCGCGAUCUUUAAACCCGCGUACUAAAAGUUUGGGUAUCUGUCACCGACGGCGAGCCGAGUAAGUCCGCGAUCUUUAAACCCGCGUACUUAAAAUUUGCGUGUGUGUCACGGGCUUAAGAGGCUACGUAUUUAACACGCUAUUAUACGGUGUAGAGGCCUGAACUCUCAAACAGGUGUUCCACGGCUAAAUAUAGUUGUAAAGGCAAGGGGCUUUUGUGCAAUUCGAAGUGUCAUGGUAGCUUAAGUUUAUACUUACUAUAAUACAUUUCCUUUGUUUUGUUUUUGCUUUUUUUUUCAUACUAGAUAUCAGGAUUUAAAAAAAAUGUCUUUGCUAUGUUGAUAAUAUUUUAGUUAACAAUCGCUAUUUGUGCUACCCAACUAUUUUUUUUAUUUUUACUUGAUAAAAAAUAUAUAUUUUUAACAUAUAUCAAAAAUAUGUGAUGAAUGUCGACAUUCACCGGUGAAUGUUAGAUAAUAUGAUAUUUAAUCAAUAAUUCGGACAUACACCAAGCGACUUGGUGAAUGUCGACAUUCACUGGUGUAUGUCGACAUUCACUGGUGUAUUUCGACAUUCACCGGAUUUCGGACUUUCACAGUAAUACAUUGUAAAUCCCAAAUCAUGAUUUACAAAGUUUAUACAUUGCAAAUCAUGAUUCGGGAGUGCUCCUCGUAACAUUUAACCAGACUUGAUUUGUUUAUUUCUAGUGCAUCUUUAUUGUGAUUUUAGUAUAGCAUUUUUAAUGGAUGUUUUUGGAGAAACAUUUAAAACAUUAUAUUUUCUGCAAAAAUUUGAUUAUUUGUUUUAUCUACUUAAAAGUCAAAUAGUACUACUAUAAUAUCGAAUAUGUAUAGUUAGGGAUUUUUAAGAUUUAAUUGUAACUACUCUUGGGUAUUUCUUGUAAUAUGUAGGUACACGAAUUUUUGUAAUAAAGGUUUUGCUAAUUUUUUACAA